AAGUAGGCGUUUACGUGAAGUACCUGAAGGCAACAGUGCUCUUAGUUAUUUUGCAUUCCAAAAUGACGGACCGUACAACGUCUCCUGAUGAUCACUGGAAAACAGACGGUGCUUUCAGCGACAGUGGCUUUGACCCAAGUUUCUUUGCUGAAAAUACCCGGAAGGGUACCGUCGUGUCCAGGGCCAAUAGCAUUGGCUCAACAAGUGCUUCUUCAGUGCCAAAUACAGACGAUGAAGACAGUGACUACAGGCACGAGACAUCAUAUAAGGACUAUAAGAAGGAUCGACGGCGACAGGCCCACACACAAGCCGAGCAAAAGCGCAGGGAUGCCAUCAAGAAAGGAUAUGAUGACCUCCAGUCAAUUGUCCCGACCUGCCAGCAGCAGUCUGAAUUCGCAGUGGGAGCACAGAAGAUCAGCAAGGCCACUAUACUGCAGAAAACGAUUGACUACAUCCAUUUUCUUCAUAAAGAGAAGAAGAAGCAGGAGGAGGAUGUUUCCGUCCUGAGGAAAGAAGUGAUGGCACUUAAGAUCAUGAAAACAAACUAUGAGCACAUAGUGAAGGCCCACCAGAACAACCCCCAGCAGGGAGAGGACCAGGUGUCCGACCAGGUCAAGUUCAACAUCUUUCAGAGCAUCAUGGACUCCCUGUUCCAGUCUUUCAAUAACUCUGUUUCAAUGAGCAGCUUUCAGGAACUGUCUGCCUGUGUUUUCAGCUGGAUUGAGGAGCACUGUAAGCCACAGACACUGCGAGAGUUUGUCGUUGGAGUGCUCCGGCAGCUCAACGGUCAGCUUUAUUGAUUGAGGGAAACUUCAGGUUAACUCCCAGAAAUUGACUUUGGGUUUACUCUGGCCUCUCAGUGUGGAGUAAAAAAAAAAAAUCAGUCAGCCUCAGGCCAUGCCACAGUAUUUACACUCACUUCGACUCAUCAGUGACUCCUUGGCUGUAAUUGGAUUACCUCAUCACAUGUUAGUUGAGAGAUGAAAGGUAGCAUUGCAUUAAGCAUUUAGGAUCAUUUGAUGAUCUCUUUUUGAUUGUACGUGUACAUAUGCAGCUGUACAUAAAUAGCUAAUUGUUUCAGCUUCAUGUGACUGUUAUUCUUCAGGGAAAACACAAGAGUAAAGUCGUCAGUUAAUUUGACAAUUUAAUGCAACAGGCAGGCUGAAUUCUGUCGUGUGCAUCUAGUUGUUGCCCUUUUGGGGUAAAUCAGUAUCGUAAUCUCACUGAUAGUGUUGCUUCUGCUGCCUGUCUGUUUAACUAAUGGACGUAAAGAGAGAGGUGACAGAAAACUCAUGAGUCUACAGCCUCUCUUCUGUCACAUUCAGCAAAAAUUUGCAGCCUAAUAUUGAACUAAAGGGCUCCUCUCAACCUCAGUGCACAAAUGUUCAGUCACUCCUAAACUGCAGCAGAUAAUAGAAGAUAUUCCACCACACAAUAAGAAGCAUCAGCUACACAAUGCUUCAUAACUGCCUUCAUCGUGGCUGAGUGUGAGGUUUAUAUAAAUGUAGUAGUGACAAGUAGGCAAAGACGCUGAAAUCUGAAGCGUGAUAUGCAGCAGUAAGAUCUCAUGAUUUUGUGCGAGUGUCGCACAAACAUGGCAGUUAACAUCCAGUCAUGCUCUUCGAUGUAGGAAAUGCUGAACAGGCCCAGUUGGUUUUAGAUUUUGAAUCAAGAUGGCAAGAGGAAAUGACCUAAGGCCCAAUCCCAAAGUCUGGGUGGAUAUUGGGAUUGAGCUGACAUGACUUUGAAGUAGGGCUCAUUGUUGUGGCAGGGAUGGCAGGAGCUUCAGUCAUAAUGAACGCUCACACUGGUUUAAACGGAACAGCAACCAAAGUGACAUCUGCGUUUAGAUCUACAGGGAGUCUAGACGAGCACAUUUGAUGACCAGUGCAGUAGGAAAGGGUGACUGAAAAGAUGAACCCAGGUUGUGAUCAGAUUGUCAGCAAGAAGAAAAUUUCAUAGAUAGGGAUAUUAUUGUAGGGUUGCAAUGCAUAGAGAGCUCUUUACCAAGAUAAAAGCACAUUUGAGAGAAAUUAAUAGUGCACUGGUCUACGGAAAAGUGAGAAAUGGUCAGUUGAGUCAUUUUUUUAUGUGUACGCUAAGAGAACAGUGCAGGUCUGGUGGCUUGGGGUGAUUUUGCUGGCAUGGUUUGGGCUCAAAUCAAUGCAAAGCUAUUCUGAGUGAUUAUUUUUAUCCUAUGAGGAAAGCUUUCUAUCUAGACGGGGAUGAUCAUGCCCCCUCCGUAGGGCACAUGGGGUCACUAAAUGCUUUGAGUUAGAAAAUGAUGGUAUUCAUAUGCUGUGGUCUUUGCACCUCAAUUGAACUUGUAUGGCAGAUUUUGGAUCAAAGUGUAAGGUAGCACUCUCCACCACCAUCAUCAUCAGAACACCAAAUAAAGGGAAUAUCUUUUUAGAGGAUGGCGUUUCAUCCCUCCACUAGCAUUCCGGAGACUUGAAAAAUAAUUCCAAGGCACUUUGAAGCUGUUCUGGUGGCACAUGGUGGCCCAACGCCUUACUCAGAAUUUUAAUUUGUUGCCCAUCUGUGUAUAUAUAUAUUAUAUAAUAAAAAUGUUUAGUAUGUGUUUGUUUCGAUUAAACUUUCAGGUUGUAGGUUUUGUGUUGUUUUUUUUUAAUCAUUAAGCAACUUAAUUUCUCAUCUUUUGAAAUUUCAUUGAUUUUAAUGUUGGCCUCUGUUGUCGGUGGCUUUUAUAGUCUGUCAAAGUUGGCUCCAUACAGUAAAACAGACCGUUUAGACACAGUCAGUCAAUCUAAACUGCAGCAUUUAUGGUUUGCUGAAGUGAACCAUGCAUAUCUACAGCUUUUCUGUACUUAAGACAGUUGUUUUAAAGAGGUGACAACGCUUAUGUACAUCAUUGCCUUCGUUGUUUUGGUUCCAUAGAGUAGCUUGUCUUAAUCACUCAAGUACUGAUUUUUGACGCCGUCUUGCCUUGUUGCUACAAGCACAAUAUUUUCAUUCAUAUUACAUUUUACACUUGUAAAAUCUAAUGCAGUGCAAUAGCUGAGCCAAAAACUCUGCCUUAACAAAGAUAGUGUUGAGCACUGGUUUAUAGUGGGUUGCAAUUUAGCUGUGUUAAUUCAUGAGGCUGUAGUUUACAGUGGUGUUGAAUUGUUUAGUCAAAUGUAUAAAACCGUUUGUAUUUGAAGAUAAUCGAGAACGACGAGUUGUGAAAUUAUUGUUGAGUUUGAAAAUCAGAAGAUACUUUCAUUAAUAUUUAAUAACUGGGCAAAAGAAACUACAGCGGAUGAUUUAAGGAGAAAAUGGGACAAUUAAUUACAACCAUACUAUUCACCUAUAACCAGGCUUUAUAAACUGUAGUUAAUUUGUCUUUUCAAAAACAUUUACAGUAACAUGGAUGUACAAUAACAACAAAGAAUGUAUAGCUCUUAAAGCUUCAACAUAUAACUUAAUAUUUACUUUGUAAGCUCCACGUUGGUUUAAUGGCUUUAAAAAUAAAGUGAAAAAUUAAACCGGCUGCCUAUGAAAUUACAUUAGUGCUGUCAAAUGAUGUGACUUAAUGUUUACAGGCAAAAGGGCUUUUUUUGUAUAUAUAUACCUUAAGUUAAAAUUCUACUUCAGGAUCUAUUAAAUGUGUACUGUUUGUUCAAAAGAAAGGCUUUAAAUAAAGUAUGUUAUGGCUCAGA